UUUGCCGUUGUACAAUUUGCAUUUUAUCCAACAUGCAAAGAAUCAAUAGAAAUCCAAACCAAUCAGUCAUGUCUGUUUCUAAUUAAAAAAUGAAGUAAUUCUGACCCUCAUAUUGAUGGGCAUAUACAUUCAACUGAGAAGUCAGACUAGCGAUAGCCAGCAUACUUUCCAUAAUCCUUGACCGUCUUUUUUGAAUACCAUGUCAUUUGCAUCUACUUCUUCUUGAUUUUUUUGCUUUUACAUAAUGUAAUGGAAUCUAUUUUUUUUCCUUUGUAGACUGCUUCUGAUAUCAGUCACUCUACUGUCUAUCUAUUCCAUAAACCUUCUAUUGAAAUGUUCCCAGGAAACAGGAUGUAUGGUAUAUGAGAAGCUAGGAGAACAAGUAUUUGGCACAACAGGAAGGUUGCUAGUGUUCGGAUCAACAUCUCUUCAGAAUGUUGGUGCAAUGCUCAGCUAUCUGUUUAUAGUUAAGAAUGAAUUACCCAAUGUCCUUAAAUUUCUGGUGGGAAUAGAAGAUUCAACUCCAUGGUAUUUGGAUGGUCGUUUUCUUCUUCUGGUCGUUGUCACUAUGCUCAUCAUCCUUCCAUUGUGUCUUCUUAAGAAUUUAGGUUAUCUAGGCUACACCAGUGGGUUCUCUUUGACGUGUAUGGUUUUUUUCCUUGUUGUGGUGAUAUACAACAAAUUUAAAAUUCCGUGCCCCCAAGACAGCGUGAAUGGAACCUCAAGUAGUCUACACAACACAACAAGUGAUGACAUGUGUACACCAAAGUAUUUGACAUUCAAUUCUAAGACUGCGUAUGCACUGCCGACACUAGCAUUUGCAUUUGUGUGUCACCCGUCUGUCCUUCCCAUAUACAGUGAGCUAAGAGACCGUUCCCAGAAGAAAAUGCAGCUCGUUGCCCAUAUAUCAUUCUUUGCCAUGUUUGCUAUGUAUCUUAUGACUGCUGUUUUCGGAUAUCUGACAUUUUAUGGUAAAGUGCAUUCAGAGCUCCUCAGCACAUAUACCAAUCAAAAAGAUGUCCUCAUCUUAACCAUACGCUUGGCUGUUAUAACUGCAGUUAUACUCACCGUCCCAGUAUUAUUUUUUACUGUACGUUCUUCAAUAUUUGAACUUGCUCGGAAGACAAAGUAUAAUCUUUUGGAGCAUUUAACAGUGACGAUUGUUCUUCUAUCAUUGAUCGAUCUACUUGUUAUAUUCAUACCAUCAAUGAAGGAUAUAUUUGGUGCAAUAGGUGCAACAUCUGCCAACAUGCUGAUCUUUAUUCUCCCCUCUUCCUUAUACUUGAAAAUUACUCAAGGAAAUGAUGCACUGGCUACUCAAAGAUUAUGUGUAAGUUUGCUUUUUAUUGUCACUAGAUGCCUUCAUGAUACUAAAAACAUAAAACAUUUUUUAAAUACUGUAUGUCCUAUAGUACCUGAUUCUUAUUAG